CAGAUAUAGUGAAUACAGGGUCCGGGGAGACCAGAUAAAGUGAAUACAGGGUCCAGGGAGACCAGAUAUAGUGAAUGCAGGGUCCGGGGAGACCAGAUAUAGUGAAUACAGGGUCCAGGGAGACCAGAUAUAGUGAAUGCAGGGUCCGGGGAGACCAGAUAUAGUGAAUGCAGGGUCCGGGGAGACCAGAUAUAGUGAAUACAGGGGUCCGGGGAGACCGGAUAUAGUGAAUGCAGGGUCCGGGGAGACCAGAUAUAGUGAAUGCAGGGUCCGGGAGACCAGAUAUAGGGAAUGCAGGGUCCGGGGAGACCAGAUAUAGUGAAUACAGGGUCCGGGGAGA